UGAGGCGUGAGCCACGUCACCUCCUCUAAAACAAGUUUCCCCCCGGACCAGUGAGCGCAUAGCUGAGUUGGCAGGACAGAUAGAUGCUUUAGACCUUUAUCACGUUUGGGCUUCUAUUAGAUAAAGAUCCUGCCGACUGGAGGAUUCACUGGAGUUGACUGUAAACGCUUUAGCUGCUUUUUGACUUUUUUCUACAAGUACAUUGUGCAUUCACGUCUGCGCCUCUGUGGGGUGGACGUGGACUUUUUGGGGCUCUGCAAAACUUUGGAUAGUGGGGGAAAAGAACAGCUAUGAAUAUUUUUCGUCUUGCCGGUGACGUGUCACACCUUGUGGCCAUUAUUAUUCUUUUGCUGAAGAUUUGGAAGUCCAGGUCAUGUGCAGGCAUCUCUGGGAAGUCUCAAGUGCUGUUUGCCCUGGUAUUCACCACCAGAUAUUUGGACCUAUUAACUGUUUACAUCUCUGCUUACAACACAGUUAUGAAGGUGGUGUUCCUGGCUCUGUCCUAUGCCACAGUUUACAUGAUCUACAUGCGCUUCAGAAACACGUAUGACUCUGAGAAUGAUUCAUUUCGUGUGGAGUUCCUCUUGGUGCCCGUUAUUGGACUGUCCUUUCUGGAGAACUACGCUUUCACCCCAGUGGAGAUUCUGUGGACUUUUUCCAUCUUCCUGGAAGCUGUUGCCAUCAUGCCGCAGCUCUUCAUGAUCACCAAGACUGGGGAGGCGGAGUCGAUCACCACACACUACCUGUUCUUCCUGGGCCUGUACCGAGCCUUAUACAUCGCUAACUGGAUCUGGAGGUACCACACAGAGGGCUUCUUCGACCAGAUCGCUGUAGUGUCCGGAGUCGUGCAGACCAUCUUCUACUGCGAUUUCUUCUACCUUUAUGUCACAAAGGAGGGUGUGAUUGACAUGCGGAUUAACCAAUCAGAGAGACGCAUGCUCCGUUCGCAACAAAAACAAACGUGGCUGCUUACACGCAAAAAGGAGAAAAAGCUACAUAAAGGACUGAGAAACAGUGUGGAUUAUUACAGAAUCAACAUUCGAAGCGCCAAACUAUUACUUAUUUCAGUGCUUCGUGGAAAAGGAAAAAUGUCACUGCCAAUGCCUGUGUAGGAGAGAGGUCCACAGGCCACAGAUCACCAUGUGCCUGCUACAUCCGCCCGUCCAAGAGUAUGAAACUGUAAAUAUAAUUAGCAAAAAAAGGGACUCAUGAUCUGACUGAUUAAAAGGCUCAGAUUGUCAGAUUCUUCAUUGAGUGUCAAUCAUGCCCCCAAUAAUCAUGCAAAAGGGAAUGUAGCGAUGUCAAGUGUUUUCUUAUUUGUGAUAUUUUUGUGAUUUCUUGGGCUCUGCUGAGUUUAUGCAUUUUUCACUAGUUCUCCCAAGAUCACUUAUUGACAAAUGCAUUACAGCUUAAUUUGCUCUCAAUUUUUUCUUCAUUUAUUCUUCCUUUUUUUCUUUUUUCUUUGUAUCUUUUUGUGUUUUUUUUUUCUUUUCUUUUUUUGUCAAGUAUUGUCAUGUAUGCAGUACAUGUUGUGUUGGCGUUCAAGGGCUAUUUGCCAUGAAGCAAUAUCCAAAAAAGUAUGCCAAUUCUAGGUCCUAGUCAAUUUUAAGCAGAAUUGCACACUAUUUGUACACCUUUUAAUAAUAUAAAGAGUCUUUUACGUA